AUGGCUCAAGUAAGUAGAGUUUUCGUCUAUACCUUAAUGAUUGGAAUGCUGGCGUUUGGCUCAGCAAACACACUGAUAUCCAAAGCAAUGGAUCUUGAAGAUUUUGAACACCCAUAUUUUCAAUGUGCAACAAUGUUUGCUGGGGAGUUUAUGUGCUUAAUCGCAUUCGGUAUCAUGAGAUGGAAUGAAAAACGCAAAGCUAGCCCAGCUGCACAAAAUCUUGUGCAGGCCAAGCCUGCAGCACCUAAAGAGGGUCUUGUUGCUAAAGCUGGACCGCUAAUUUUCUUUAUCCCAGCAUUCUUCGAUACGUGUGGUUCAACUAUGAUGUUUAUUGGUCUUGUUCUUUCAGCAGCUUCUGUAUAUCAAAUGGUAAGAGGGUUUAUUAUAGUCGUCGUAGCUAUAUACUCAAUAGUCUUUCUUAAAAGAACUUUGUACAGGCAUCAAGUAUUUGGAGUUUGCUUUGCAUUCUUAGGUGUGGUCGUUGUCGGGAUAUCUGCUGUUCUCUUUGAGUCAAGCUCUGCAAAAAGUCCUAUCCUAGGAAUGAUUUUCUUGAUUUUGGGCCAAUUCUUUGCUGGAGGUGUGUUUGUAUCAGAAGAAAAAUUUUUAGGCAAGAUCACAGUGCAUCCAAUGCAAGCAGUUGGUAUUGAAGGAUCUGCUGGGCUGAUUUAUUACUUUAUUUUAUUACCUGUCAUGUACUUCAUACCAUGCUCAAACGACAAUUUAUGCUCCCAUGGAAGAGUUGAGGACUCAAUCAACGCUUUUUACCAGAUCGGCACAAACUGGAUUCUUAUGCUUUGUUGGUGGGGAACCAUGUUUAGCAUCGCAUUUUUCAACUUCACUGGGAUUUCUACGACAAAAUACGCAAGCGCACUUGCAAGAUCAACUAUUGAUACAAGCAGGACUCUCAUUGUUUGGGUAUUUAGUAUGGCUGUAGGAUGGGAACAAUUUGAGUGGCUUCAACUUAUAGGAUUCGCGUUACUUGUUAUAGGAACAACUGUAUAUAACGAAGUCCUUAUCUUGCCAUGGUGGGGAUUCAAAGAAGCAGUAGAGAAGCAUCGAGCUGCAGCUGCAGGUCAUGGAACUGAAACCCAUGAUGGAAAAGAUCUUGACACUCUGGGCUUCAACCCUGACAAAAAGUAUGAAUACUCAGAAACUUCUUCUGAUAUGCUUGACUACAGGCCACCAAGCACCAAAAAAUAA